AUGGCCAGCGGCAGGCCUCCUGGAGGUCCUCCGUCUUCGCAUCGUGACCAUGAUAACCUCCUCCAGCUCGACGAUGCUGCUCCCUCGCAGUACAAUACGGGGCAACGACCGCCUGUGAGCGACGAUAAUCUUAUACAACAAUACAAUAUUAAUGACUCCGACCAACCCCCGUCACGGCCGUCUGUGUCCUACGAUGAUUUCGUGGGCGGCCAGGGGCAUGCCGCGCAUGAUAAUCACAACAACGCUCCCGGCCAGGACCACCGCCAUGGACAGCCUCAGUCCGGCGCUAAUAGGGCGUAUGCCGGUGAAGGUGGUCCAGGAAUGUAUUCCCAGACCUCAGACCUGAACCAUUACCAGCGCUAUUCCGAUCUAGACGAUAUCGACGACGAUCGAGCUUAUGGCUACUACAACGAUGGAGACAGGUCUGACGGGACGCCUAUUCAGGAUGCUCGUGCUAGGGACAGGAAUAGCAUAAUGGCCCUGGGCGGCGGAAUCGUGGGUAGAGCGAAGAACAUGCUCGGUAUAGCCCCGGAAUAUUCUGAGAUGGACCUGCCCUUGACGGAGGCUGGAGCAUCGUCCAGAAGAGUUGGCACCGCGGGAACAGAUGAGACCCCCCCAGGGAAGUCAGACUCAAGAUUCAAGCCAGGCAAAUUCAAGUUCGGCUUUGGUCGACGAGAACCUGAUCCCUCUACCCUCGGUCCGCGUAUCAUCCUCCUCAACAACGCUCCCGCCAAUUCCGCGCAUAAAUUCGUCGACAACCACAUCUCGACCGCUAAAUAUAAUAUCUUCACCUUCCUACCAAAAUUCCUCUUCGAACAAUUCUCAAAAUACGCCAAUCUUUUCUUCUUGUUUACCGCCGCCCUCCAACAGAUUCCUAAUAUCUCCCCCACCAAUCGAUAUACAACCAUCGGGCCCCUUAUCGUUGUCUUGAUCGUCUCGGCCAUCAAAGAAUUGGUCGAAGAUUACAAACGAAAGAGUUCUGAUAGAACUCUCAACCACUCCAAGACAAAGGUGCUGCGUGGCUCGAACUUUGAAGAGGUGAAAUGGAUAAACGUUGCCGUAGGCGAUAUCAUUAGGGUUGAGUCCGAGGAGCCCUUCCCCGCAGACUUGGUUCUCCUGGCCAGUUCCGAGCCCGAAGCCCUUUGCUAUAUCGAAACAGCCAAUUUAGACGGAGAGACAAACUUGAAAAUCAAACAGGGUAUUCCCGAAACCGCCGAUCUCGUAAGCGCUGGUCAGCUUAGCAGAUUAACGUCCAGGAUCAAAUCCGAACAGCCAAACAGCAGUCUAUACACCUAUGAGGCUACCAUGACCCUACAAUCAGGUGGCGGGGAGAAGGAGUUCUCCCUUGCUCCCGAUCAACUGCUCCUUCGAGGAGCUACUCUUCGCAAUACCCCCUGGAUCCACGGUGUCGUCGUCUUUACCGGCCACGAAACGAAAUUGAUGAGAAACGCAACAGCAACGCCAAUCAAACGUACGGCCGUCGAGCGAAUGGUUAACAUGCAGAUUCUGAUGCUUGUUGGAAUUCUGGUUGCCCUUAGUUUGAUAAGUUCGGUCGGUGACUUGAUUGUGCGCACGACCGCUUCUCAGAACAAAUCUUACCUGGACUAUGGCAACGUCAACCUCGCGAAGCAAUUCUUCUCAAACAUCUUCACAUACUGGGUUCUAUACUCUAAUCUUGUCCCCAUUUCUCUUUUCGUGACAAUCGAAAUCGUCAAAUAUUACCAUGCUUUUCUCAUCAACUCCGAUCUCGAUAUUUACUACGAGCCAACCGACACCCCUUCAAAUUGUCGAACGUCGUCCCUUGUCGAAGAGCUGGGCCAAAUUGAAUACAUCUUUUCAGACAAGACCGGAACUCUUACUUGCAAUCAGAUGGAAUUUAAACAAUGCUCCAUUGGCGGUAUUCAAUAUGCAGAAGUCGUUCCGGAAGACCGGAGGGCGGCCUAUAAUGAAGAUUCUGAUACAGCCAUGUAUGAUUUCAAACAACUGAAGAAGAAUAUGGAAUCCCACCCUUCCCAAGACGCAAUCAAACAAUUCCUCACACUACUUUCGACCUGUCACACAGUUAUCCCCGAACGAAAUGACGAGAAACCCGGCGAGAUCAAAUACCAGGCCGCAUCUCCCGAUGAGGGUGCACUUGUCGAGGGUGCAGUCAUGCUCGGAUACCAAUUCACUAACCGAAAGCCCAAAUUUGUUAGCAUCUCCGCUCAAGGGGUAGACCAAGAAUUCGAACUACUGGCUCUGAUUUCAGAAGACAUGACUUUGCUCAUUGUAAAUGAAGAGGAUGCCCAGAGUACCCGCGAUAAUCUAGUUAAGAAGCUGGAUCAGGUUAAAAGUCAAGCUAACUCUGCCGACGUCGAAACGCUAGCUUUAAUCAUUGAUGGAAAAUCGCUUACCUUUGCCCUUGAGAAGGAGUUGGAGAAGGUGUUUUUGGACCUGGCCGUUAUGUGUAAGGCUGUUAUUUGCUGCCGUGUCUCCCCACUUCAAAAAGCACUUGUCGUGAAGCUUGUUAAGCGUCAUCUCAAGGCUCUAUUGCUUGCCAUUGGUGACGGUGCCAACGACGUUUCUAUGAUCCAGGCGGCGCACGUUGGUGUUGGUAUCAGCGGUAUGGAAGGUCUGCAAGCAGCGCGAAGCGCUGAUAUUGCAAUUGGCCAAUUCCGAUACCUUCGAAAAUUGCUUUUGGUUCACGGCUCCUGGAGUUACCAACGUGUUAGCAAAGUUAUUCUAUAUUCUUUCUACAAGAAUAUUGUUCUUUACAUGACGCAAUUCUGGUAUGCUUUUGAAAAUUCUUUUUCGGGACAGGUUAUUUACGAAUCUUGGACGCUUUCAUUAUAUAACGUUUUAUUUACCGUUCUUCCUCCUUUCGCAAUGGGUAUAUUCGACCAAUUCAUCUCAGCGAGACUUUUGGACCGAUAUCCUCAACUUUAUCAGCUUGGCCAGAAAGGCACCUUUUUCAAAAUGCAUAGUUUCUGGUCCUGGGUUGGAAACGGCUUCUACCACUCUCUCAUUGCUUACCUUAUCUCUCGACAAAUUUUCAAAAACGAUAUGCCAACACAAGAUGGUACCACGUCUGGUCUUUGGGUAUGGGGUACCGCUCUCUACACAGCCGUUCUAGCAACCGUCCUCGGCAAAGCAGCUCUCGUAACCAACGUCUGGACCAAAUACACUGUUAUUGCCAUCCCUGGCUCACUCCUUGUUUGGCUUGGCUUUAUCCCAGCAUAUGCAUACGCCGCACCCAAAAUUGGGUUUUCCCACGAAUAUAUCGACCUCAUCCCACACCUUUAUCCACUUCCAACGCUCUGGGUUAUGGCGGUUCUCAUACCAUGUCUUUGCCUUGUUCGUGACUUUGCUUGGAAGUAUGCUAAACGCAUGUACUAUCCACAAAGCUAUCACCACGUUCAAGAAAUCCAGAAGUACAACGUACAGGAUUACAGACCACGUAUGGAACAGUUCCAAAAGGCUAUUCGGAAAGUUAGACAGGUACAGCGCAUGCGCAAACAGAGAGGUUAUGCUUUCAGUCAGGCCGAUGAAGGUGGCCAGAUGAGAGUUGUUAACGCUUAUGACACGACGAGAAGCAGAGGACGAUAUGGAGAAAUGGCAAGUUCACGGCCGAUGACUUGA